AUGGCGACUGAAACCCCCAAGAUCAAGCUUUAUACCAAUCACCUCUGCCCAUGGGCCCACCGCGCCCACAUUGCACUGGCAGAACUUGGUGUGCCCUUUGAGGAGGAGAUUAUUGACCUCUCGGUGCCGCGCACGCCCGAGUACCUCAAGGUGAACCCGCGAGGGCUGGUCCCGUCGCUCGCAUACGGCGACGAGAUCAUCACCGAGUCGGCCGUCGUGUCCAACUUUUUGGCCGACGCCUUCCCGUCGCACCUGGUCCCGGCCUCGACCGACCCUAACGGGCCUCUGGUCCGCGCCCGCAUCGCCUUUUUUGCCGACACCUUCGUCUCAAAGGUCGGCGGCCACUUUCAAAAGGCCAACUUUGGCAAGACCGAGGAGGACCGCGCCGAGGCUGUCGAGAACCUUGUUGCCGCCGCCGCCAAGGAGCUUGAGCCUUUGCUCGCUGAUGCUGCGCCCUUCUUUGGUGGCUCUGACAAGUUGACUCUUGCAGAGGUGCUCACGGGUUCCUUUGUGAUCCGCAUCUACACAGCAUCCAAGCACGGCAUCUUGCCCAAGAGCCUGGCGAGCGACCUGGCCGCCAAAGCACCCAACUUUGACAAGUGGGCCCAAGCCGUAAUCAAGGACCCGAGCGUCCUUUCAAUCUGGGACGAGGACAAUGUUGUCCAGCGCACCAAGGAGAGAAACGCCAAGGUGAGGGCUCAGGUGUAG